AUGGGCGAUAUAAAGAAGAACAAGCAAAAGAAGGCCCGAGACAAGCUACCGGAGCUGCCUUCUGUGGGGAAUCAGAGAAAAUGGAAUAUUGUCAAGGUGGUGUUGCGGUCCAUAUGCUUACUGCUAAGCAUAGUCGACGUGGGGGAACUCAUCGCUCUCGACCUCUCCCAACAUGACCUGGAUUAUUGGACAUUUGUUGCUUAUCCUGUUCUUGGGAGCUUCCUACUUUGGGACGUUAUUGAAUUUGUCGUGAUCAUCGUGAGGGGAAGCAUAGCGAAGGGCGUCCACCCGGGAGCUCACGUCGGCGUUGAGUUAAUAUUGUGCCUGGGCGGCAUCUUCACAGUUGCUAUCCAAGCAUACAAAGCCAAUUGGUACCAACUUACGAGCUGGGGACUAAGAGAUACUGGGUCGACCCUUUGGGCUUAUGUAGCACUCACUCAGUUCAGCUUCCUGAGUUUCUUGACGUUCCUGCGCUUCAUAUUAUUUGUACGAGCCUGUGUUGAGGUAGACAGACGCAAGAGAGAUAGACGGGUGCAACAGCUCGUGUUUGCCAUUCAAGAACAAGGCCGUGACCCGCAGGAUGUUCCCCUAGCAGCGUUUACACGAGCUCGAGAGCUGGACCACGUUAGUUCCUCACAGAUCCUCAAGGCGCUGUCACCGUCCACGAUGACACAACCAACACUGCUUACCAGUCAUUCGGCGUCGUCGUCGUCAACAGCAGUGGCAUCGCAGCCGCCGCGGUCGCCCGAGGACCGAGACUUUGCUUAUAAAUAUAACUUUCCCAUAGCUACCGUGCCGGAGCUACUGGAGAAUGGGAUUCAUCCUGAGGAUGCGCGGAAUCAGAAAGUUUUGAUUGGGGCGUUCCCGAGAUAG